UGGGCCACUAAGCCUUCAGUUCCAUUAGACCACACACCACAGAUGCAGAUGACAACACGGAUUACAACUAGGCAACCUUACAAGUGCAGACUGCAGAGGUCAUAAUGGCUGCAGUUUCCGUUCUAUCGCCAUGAACAUAAGCUCUACUGCGAAAGAUUACAGCGAUAAAUAUACUCAAUGUCUCAGCAACAACAGCCCAUGGAUUGGGAGCGUUCCUCAGUUGCUUCCGCACAGCAUCCCAGUCCGUCGCGAAUCUGGCCUGGGCUGCUGCCAGAGCUUGCGGAGCGCAUUGUCAGCUUCCUACCACCCAACGAGGUUGCCUGCACCGUACGGUUGAUCAACAAAGCCGCGGCCGCUCAGUUCCGCGGCCCUUCUCACACCACAGUGCAGCUUUCUUCGCCGGUGCCGCACCACGCGUUCAAGCAGCACUGGGAGCGCCCCGGUGCCGUGCGGGGCAUGACAUUCAAGCAGCGGUGGAAGCUGUUAUGGCUUGCAGCGCGCAGCGGCAGCCUGCCAAACCUGAAGGUGGCGUUCACAGCCACUGGCCUCUCAGCCUCAGAGUAUGUGCUACACCACCACCACGACCGAAUCUUCGUGGAGCAGGCCGCAGCGGAUGCGGGCCACCUGGAGAUGUGUCAGUGGCUGGUGCAGCAGGGAUACACCUUGGAGGCUGUCGCUGAGGCGGCGGCACGUGCGGGCCAGCGGGCGAUCUGUGAGUGGGGCCUGGCUGCCGGCUGCGCCUGGAGUCCUGAACUUGUGUACGCCGCUGUGCAGGGGCGUGACAUGGGCCUGUUGGAGUGGCUGCUGCAACAGCGGCCGGUGGCAUCAGCUACAGAAGAGUUGGAAAUCGAGCCGUCCCGAAUGUUGUCCGCAGCGGCUCAAUACUGCGACCUGCCUACUCUGCAGCGUCUGCAUGGUGUUUGGGCGGGUGGUGGUGAGGCCCGGGGUGGGCAGUUGUCUGUCCAUGAUAAGACCAUAGUCCUGGCCUACGCCGCCGGCAGCCUCACACCCGACUGGCAGGCAAAGCUGGUUUGGCUGGAGGCGCAGGGGUUCCCCUGCACGGAAGCCGAGCAGGCUUGCACUGAAGCCGCCUACUGCCCGGAUGCUCUGGACCGCCUGAGGUGGCUGCGGGGCCGGGGCUACCCACUUGACAUGGAACACCCCGCCAGUGUGGUUUCAGAAGCCGGCAAUUUGGAAGCUUUGCAGUACCUGCUGACAACAGAGGGCGGGAUGCCUACUGAGCUGCGGACUGAGAUGCGUGCCAUGGCGGCGGCUAGAGGCGGUGGGGUGGGUGCUCUGGCCCUGCUGCGUGCCCAUGGAAUCCCCAUGGGCGCCCUGACAGCCAGGGUUGCCGCGCGUGCUGGCCACCUGCAGGUGGUUGCCUGGCUGGUGGAAACGCUGGGGCCAGCGGCGGUCCAGCUGGACGCAAAGGUCUUUAGGGGCGCCGCUGAGUCGGGCAACGGCGAGCUGCUGAGGUGGCUGCGGGAGAGGGGCUGCCCCUGGGAUGGCGACUGCACGUUCACAGGGGCUGCGGCAGGGGGGUGCGAGGAUGUGUUGGAGUGGCUGGUGGAGCAGGGCUGCCCGCUGCCGGCUAACGGGCAGCCCUACCUGAAGGCCGCCCUCAACGGCGACCUGGCCACCCUGCGCUGUCUGAAGCAGCUGGGCUGCCCCUGGGGCUCGCCCGGGUGGCUCUCAGCGGAGUGCCUCCGAAACCGCUGCAAUGAGACGCUGCUGAGCUGGCUGCGGGAGGCGGGUUGUCCACUGUAGCGGGGAUCUGCAGCACGGAUGGGGGAUGUUGCAAGCCUUGUCGCUUUGGUUAUGGCAUCAUAAACGCAGCCCAAUGGUGGGGAGGUAGCAGGAGGGGUUAAGGGAGAAUGUGGCCAACUCAGAAGGUGGGUCACUGUCUACUCUUCUCUUCUCGGCGCCGUGGGGGCCUUUUGAGACUUCAGUAGGGCCCCACGGUAAUCCAGUCUUCCCGGCAUUGUCUACCUGUGGAUAUCAGCCAUUGAGUAAGAUGUUGCGCAGACAAUCUAUGUAUGCGUGGAGCUUAUGCCAAAGCUUCUCGUAGUCAUAUGCAUAUCCGCUGAAAGCAACACUAACUUGGAAUAAGUGGAACACCGUACAGCGGCUGUGUCAGGUGUGUACGGCCUUGUCACGUUUCUGUUUACUUGCGACCUACAAAGGACUAUAUGAAAGGGUUUCGGAUUGGCUGUUGUAUAGAUUGGAGGCGACCGUUAUAGGCGCAUCACUUUGGCG